GCAAUGACCACCAUCUCUAUCUAUCACGAACGUCACGCUUUGCCAUCCUCAGGCUACACGAUAUCCUAGGACCUAUACCUGAUUAAUAAAUGGAUCACGAGGUUGUACUCCCUUCUGACUCCGAAGAACUCGAGGAGUAUCUAGCUGAACAAGAUCCCGAGCGAUACUGGCGAGACGCCAGCCUCGCUAUUGCGAAGAAUCUGGAGCGGCUCAGGGUUCUCGGGCUUGUGAAGGGAAGUGAAAGUCUAGGUUCGACGAAGAAUAGAGGCAAAGGGAAGGAGAGGCUGUCGAGAUCGGACGAUGAGGCCGUCUCGAGGCCAGCGCGGAAACGCGUGAAGCUAUCGCACUCAUUCUCUGACGAGAAUCUAGCUGAAAUUUCCAGAAACUCGUAUUCGAGGAGUCCUCUACCACAGCGUCAAGUUGCUCUGGACAUUUCUAACACCGCGAUCGCGUCUUCGAUGCGUGAUGAUCUUGAGCCUUUCUUGCUGGGAGAACGUGUCAAAUCUCCUCAGCACAAGUCGUCGAAAUGUAGCCCUGAUUCAAGUUUAGAUAGAGAAUGCCAGCCCGAGGCAGCUCCAUCGACUCAUACGUUUUGCUCCGAUAACGAAGACCAGGAUUUCUUUCCUCAUGAUGAGCAUGACCAAAGACUUUCCUCUCAGUCAUAUGUCGUUCCAUCGCCCGCUGGUCUGCACCGUUGCUCAGUAUCUCCGGACCCCCUACUUCUCUUGACGCAAGGAGGAGAGUUACUGAAACACCCCUUCAUCCCUUCGGCCGAACGAUGUUCUCAGCCUGCGACGAUUUUCAGCAAGGAUGACCCCGAAGAUGAUAUCCCUAUCGCGGGCCCCUCACGCCCCAGACCGGCAAUCCAAUCAAUGUCACUGCAAUCAUCACCAGCGCGCAAACUAUCACCUUUCACUAGCCCACUCUCUUCUCCUUCUCCGUCCCCUCGGCCUUCCCCUACCCGUCCACGUUUCCCCGCUCGCGACGCUUCACUUUCAUCUCCACACACGGACGCCGACGACGCAAACGCCUCUCUCAUUUCGCAACUCCAGCAAGCGGAGAACGCGAGCCGGUACAAACUACGCGAACGGAACGUGCGCCAACUCCAGCCAUAUGCAUACGACCAGCAGAUCUACAAACGCCAGAUGCGCGCGAACCCUGACGCCAUCGUCAGGUAUCACAGCCCGGCACGCCGAAGGCACCGCUCCCGUGAGCGAUCUGUCGGCGUUGGGGACGAGCAGAGCAGUGAUGCUGAGGUCGAUCCGGCGCGGCUGGAAGCCGAGGCUAGUGAGGAUGAGAGGCCACGAAGGAGAAGGACGAGGAGUGAAACCGACAACGAAGAGGGUGUGCAGGCGGGGACAAGGGGUCGAACUGAACUGGAAGCCGCGCCUUCGACGACAAGGCAGAUGCCGCCAAGACAAGUCGUGCCAACAGUCCCGCCUGUCGCUACGUCUUCCAAGGCGCAGAGCGAGAUGGACAUUUGGUUCGGCCUCCAAAAAUCCGAGUUUGACAAUCGCGGGAGCAGUAGCGACGAGGAGCUCGGAUUACAAGCGCAGAAGCGGAAAGGAAAGGAGAAGGGAGAAGUCGAGGAAACGAGUAAGAGAAAGAAGAAGCGAUUCCCGAUGAGAGAUAGCAAAUUCCUGAGGACAGAGAGGCCGUCUCCGAGGCGAAGUCAAAUUCCCGAAUCUCCCAAACCCCGCCCGCACAGACGUCACUCCCAACAGUCAGACUCGAGCGAGGUCGAAGUCUUCUCCCCAGCUCGAGCACUGGCCCGCUUUCCGAGUCGCCAGUCGUCGUCAGACCCCUGGGACCUAGACAGCCAUACUCGCUUCGACGACAGGGUGCCGAGUCCAAACACAUACGGUCCGCCAGAAUCGUCCUCCUCGAUUGAGCUAGAUCGAGGUCUACCCAUGGACGUCAAUGAUGACAACUUGGACCAAGGCGGCUUUGACUUCCAGCAAAGCCAGGACCGUGAUGGUUGGGACCUCGACGUUGGCGACCGCCGUCAGCCAGACGAUGACGAUGUGGAAGUCUCGCUGAGGAGCGAAGUGCGAAUCCUCGAGCGCACAUCGCCGCACGGGUCAUCAACGGAGUCAGCAGCCGACCGUUCUGACUCUGACAAGGCAGCUUCCGCCAGUAACUUCGAUUCUGAUGAGGAUGCGGAUCCCUCCGCUCUCCCAGAGGACCAGUUCCACAAGCGCUAUAGACGUGAGUUUCGCGAGCUCUAUCGGAUGUACCCACCCGCGCGGGCGCGCACGAUGAUCCUUGACAAUAUGAAGAAGUCAGAACAAGGGCAAACGAAGGCGACGCGUCGACGCGAGAGUGUAACCUCUGAGGACGCACCCCUCCAGCCCGGGAGGGCGCGCGCGCGCAUAGGAAGCGCGAAGAACGUCGUCAUACGUGGCGACUCCGAGAGCGAGGACGAGGUGCGGCGAAGCUCGUCACCAAGUCCCAGCACCGGGCUUCGACGUAGCGCAUCGCAACCGUCGUGGGCCUCGCAUUCCGCCCGCGCACAUGCCAUGCGGCCGACGUUGAGUGAGGGCGUGAUCUCGAUAUCAAGCGACGAAGACGCGUCUCGCGCAAAUGAUGGAGAGGGUGACGAGAUUGAGUUCGUGUACGGGCCGACAAGAGUUGGACGUGGGGGCGAAAUCCGUGAGGGUCCACUUGUGGACUACAUACUAAAUCGGACGGGUAGUGGAAGAGGGGACGGGAAGAAGCGCAAGAGGACUCAUGGUUCUCGUGCAGAAGGCGGUAGCAGACGGGAAUACGAAGGCGGUCGCGGAGGAGCAAGUCGCAAUAGGUCUGUCCUCAACCUGCAGACCGAAGCUGGCAGGUCUCGUCGGCCAGCUGGGCGGCAGAAUAGGACCAGUGGGUCGUCCGCAACGCGAAUUGUUACAGGUGGCGCAAGGAGGCAUGGGGCGAAACGCCAAACGCUGCUCAAUUUCCCGCGGCUGGAGGUCGCUUCGGCCCCCGCUCUAAGUCGUAGCGCCUCCACCAUCAUCCCUCGAGCUUCAGCCUCCACCUCCGCAUUGUCUGCCCCUGCCCUCGACCUCACCGUUGGCCAGCUCAAAUCCGACUCAUCAAAGCCGGCGUGGAAGAAAUCCCGCCACCGCACACGCGAACGCGUGUAUUUCAUGACGCCGCACAUCUCCACCGUGGUGUCAGGCGGACGCGGGCGGCACGAGUAUCACACAACAGUGCUCGAGCAGGAUGUUCCCGAGAGUGAGCGCCGCGCGCAGGCGAUCAUGCAUUUCCCGCUGCCACGAUUUGAACCACGAAAGCGAAAGGUCGCUCGUCAGCCUGAGGCCAGUAGGCAAAGAGCGCUUCCUGAGGUAUGGAGGUCUCAGGACGCAGGCGCUGUUGGAGGUACGAGAAAGGCGGCAAAAGUACUGCGAAAGAAGGAUCCUAUAACGAUCGAUCUGAACACCACGAAGCUCCCCUCUGGCAUCAUCUUUGCCGAGCAUACGUACCUUGGGCGCGGGUAUCUGCACGCGCUGCUCUCGCCUCCCGCGGUGCUCGAGGAGCCGAUCCCUGGCUACGUCGGCAACGCACGCGUAUCUACCAACAUGUCACCUACCGAGUUCGCUACAGUCGUGGGUGAAGCAAUCACCGAGGUGCUCGGCCAGCUCAAGAACGCAACUGCUAACCAGGACGUCUUCGAUGACUGGCAGCGGUACCUGCAGGUCAUACGUCCCUGGUCUGCGUGGUUUCUCGCGUCCGCACCUUUCGAGGACUCUGAGACUCUGCGGACAUCGUUGGAAGAAGGGACAAAGCGCACAUACGCACUCAUCAAGAACCAUUUCGCGGUGCGUGCGGAUAGUAGCCCUGCCAACGCGCUCUCGCUGCAGCUACAGUGGACCGCGAUCGAGCUGCUGUACCGGAUGCGACCGUCGGGUGAUCAGGCGCAAUCACUCUCCGAGGAUGGAGAACUCAAGCGGCACAUCAAGCUUCUCACGCAGCAUCUGCGGGAGUGUAACCUGGACCAGCCUCUCAGUGCUCUUUGGCCCCUAGACGUGCGCCAGUUAGAUUACAGUCAACCCAUCCGCCGGAUCGCUGAGCUGUGGGUGUGCUUGAUUCACCUGGUAGAAGAAGGCGGCGGUCCUGGGGCCCUUUGGAAGCUCUUGCUGGAGGUGUACCAAUCGAAUCCCGACUCAGCAACUAAGAGGCGAAAAGAGGCCAAGACAGGCGAGGAGAUAUGGGCAGCCAUAUACAGCUGCAUGGCGCUAUCACAGUUCUCGCUGCACGGCACUACGACGUCGACUCCGCGAUUGAGUAAUGCGUGGGCACUUGUCGUGCUCGCUCUAGAGUCCGCUCCGCUAGCUGCCGAGGCCGGGCUAUCUGAACGCGUGCUCAAGAAGCGAGACCUGUACUUUCAGGUGCUGCUCUCCCGCUGCGUCUGGCUGCACACACACUGGAAGUGGACGCUGGGCUCAGAAGACGCAGAGAAGAUGUUCAGGAGCUUGCUCGACGUGUUCAAAUCGCGGCGGUUCGCGAACCUGCUGCAGGACAGGGACGCCAACUUUCCGAGCUUCCUCGAGGAUCACAAGCUCGUACUGUUACAGAGUCAUCAGGAGGGCGAUUCGGCAUUCACAUCUGUCCUGAAGUUCAUCGUGCAGGCUGCAAAGGAGUCUAAUGACGGCAUUUCACCACAUAUCAAGAAGGUCGUCGAGCUUGCUGUUCCGCUUAGCUCGUUGUCAUUCACCAAGUCCUGCCCGGCCUCCCUGCAUGAGUCGUCGAAGCUCUACAACAGACUCAGCGCUGUUGCUGUUACGAUUUACCUCGAGCCGACAGAGGAAAACGCCAGGAGUCGUCUCGAACGAGCGUGUCGCUAUGUCAAGUACGAGGAGGCUGACCAGGGCACACGAGAGGCGUGCAUUCGCGGCGCAAUGCAUCUUGCGAUCCUCCUGCAACACUUCGAGCUCCCAUUGACGAGUGCGCUGGAGUGGCUUGGCGACAUGACGAACGUGCUCAUAGAAGAGCUUGUGCUCUACAAGGCUGAGGCGGCCAGCCGGGCGAAAAGCGACGUUCUCAGCUGUCUCCAGAUGAUUCUGUGGUGUGUUCGCAGGAUUAUCGAAACGCCGAGGAUGGAUAGUAAAGCGGAGCUGCCGAAGUAUCCCGAGCCUAAGCUCUUGCAAGGACCUUGGGUUACUCGGAUUUUCGUUAAGGACGCCGAUCUCGCCUCGAUUUCGAACGCUACCCUGGAGAUGCGUAUGCUCGUGCAAACCUUCCUCAAAGCCCGAUCUGCCGUCAUCCCGCGUCGACAACCGCAACGCGCGCGGCAGGUGGUCCAAGAAGAAAGUCAGGAAUAUGAUGAUGACGACUUUGAUUUCAACGAUCCGGCCAUCCUUGCGAUGCUGGGCGACGCCGAUGGAGCCUACAAAGAAGCGGAAGAGGCACGCAGCAGGAAGGAGGAGGAGUUGUGCAAGAUCAUUGAAGGGCACAUCAGCAGGGCGGUCUUCCGAGUCUUAUGCGCUCGGCUCAUCUCUCGACAUCAGCAGGACCAGCUUGAUAUCGAUAAAUGGGUGGAAUGCUGGACAGGCUGUGCGGAGGUGCUGGUUCGGAAUGGGCGUCGCGACUGGGGAUCCUACUUUUUUCAUGCUUCUCAGACGUGGGAGAAGAUGGAGCUCAGCUCGAUAACAUUACGGCGGUUAAACCUUCACUUCUCACUAACUGUUCUCAAGCUGGAUCCUUCAGCCUACGCGGUGCAGCAAGAUCAGUUUCUUAAGAUCCUGUUCACUUGCUUCGCAGCUCAGCACCCUGAUCUUGAGGCUGAAUACGUCAGCCUCGUCUUCACCGUCGAUGGCUUGCAACACACUCUGCUUCGUGGACUUCCCUACGAACCAUCUGGUAACUCCAGUAUAUUUAACCUCUCGAGAGUCGAGCUGGUGGAAAGACGUGUCGCUUUCUUGGAUUGCAUGCUGUCGCGCCUAGAGGACGAAUUGUUGGGCGCAUAUCCCGUUUCCCCUGAAUCUACGGAGUUGUCGCUCCAGCACAUCGCAACGAUGCUAUCGACGAUGCAGGACAUCCAUUUAAGUCUGGACUUGCCAGGCCGUGUUUUGUAUGCGCCAUUCUGCUCCAGCGUCUCAGCACUUCUCAGGUCGAAGCCCAAUGUUGCGGGUCAUUCACUCUUGAACGAACGUGUUGCUUGGCUCCAAUCUAUCGAUGCCUCAAGGCAAAUAUGAAGAUUUAUUUCAAUGUCUGUUCCCUGAGUGUGUCCGAUGCUGAUCUUCACACAUAUCAUGAAGAUGUAUCGAUGAAUACUUCUCAAACACCGAAAGUGCGAGAUUUUCGAAUAUUCCGCAGCACAUCGAAGGGAGUGGUAGGUAUAGUUGGGGAAAAUCUCGAACGGAUCAGCUAGGUUGUCGGAGCGCGAGCGGAAGGCGGACUGGGGGCGUAGUUGAAUUCUGCAUCCUUGGGCUGGCCUCGGCCUAUAUUUGCAGCUAUGCGCUUUAUGGCAAAAUCCUAUUUUCCCUUUCAUAUCUAGGAGAUCCUUUAAUACAGCAUUCGCGCGCUCAUAGCAGGAAAUCC